AUGGGGGUAAAAAGAGUUGCAGUGAUUGGUGCUGGAGUCAGCGGACUAGGUGCCAUUAAGUGCUGUUUGGACGAGGGACUAGAACCUACGUGUUUUGAAAAGAAAAGUGACAUCGGAGGACUGUGGAAAUAUGAGGAGACACCAGAAAGCGGAAGGGCCAGCAUAUACAAAUCUUUAACCUGCAAUACAUCCAAGGAGAUGACAGCCUUCAGCGACUACCCCAUCCCUGACCAUUACCCCAACUUCAUGCACAACUCCAAAAUAAUGGAGUAUCUCAGGAUGUACGCCAGCCACUUCGGACUCAUGAAACACAUCCAGUUCCAGACAGAGGUGUGCAGUAUAAAGAAACGCCCAGAUUUUUCGUCCUCUGGUCAAUGGGAUGUGGUGGUAGAGGCCGAGAAGACGCAGAAAACCUACAUUUUUGAUGGGAUAAUGGUUUGCAGUGGUCACUACUCGCAGAAGCACUUUCCUUUACAAGACUUUGAAGGAAUCAGCAAGUUCCAAGGCAGCUGUCUCCACAGCUGGGAGUACAAGCACCCCAACAAUUUUGUGGGGAAGAGAGUGGCCGUGAUUGGCCUUGGGAAUUCUGGAGCAGAUGUGGCAGGCGAGAUCAGCAGGGUUGCUGCACAGGUUUUCCUCAGCACAAGACAAGGAGCGUGGAUAUGGAAUCGGGUUUGGGACCAUGGGGAUCCUAUGGACACCACAGUCUUCACUCGCUAUAAUAGAGCUGUCCAAAAGGUCUACCCCAGAUACCUGAUCAAUAGACACAUGGAGAAGAAGCUAAACGCGAGGUUUAACCACGCCAAUUACGGGCUGCUACCUCAGCACAGAAUUCUUGACCAGCGAACAGUUCUCAGUGAUGACCUGCCAAAUCGCAUCAUUACUGGAAAAGUGAAGAUAAAACCAAAUGUUAAAGCGUUCACCCCAACUUCAGCCAUCUUUGAGGAUGGAACGGAGGAGAACAUAGACGUUGUCAUCUUUGCCACAGGCUAUACAUUGUCAUUCCCUUUCUUGAGUGAUGACUCAGGAAUCCUAGACAGCCAGUACUCCAUGUUUAAAUAUGUCUUCCCUCCUGAGCUAGAGAAGCCAACGCUAGCUUUUAUUGGGAUCCUCCAGCCAGCAGGAGCCAUCAUCCCCACAUCUGAGCUUCAAAGCCGAUGGGUUGUGCGUGUGUUCACAGGACUAAACAAGUUGCCUUCAAGGAGAGCCAUGAUGGCGGACAUCAACAGAAAAAAUCAAACAGUAGCCAAAGGCUCUAAGAAAAAUCUCCGAGACUCUCGCCGAGUGCAGUUCAUCGACUACAUGGAUGAAAUCGCUUCUGAGAUAGGUGUCAAACCCAACCUGCUCUCUCUCCUCCUCUGGGAUACAAAGCUGGCCAAGGAGAUUUUCUGUGGUCCUUGUACCUCCUACCAGUACCGGCUACAGGGGCCAGGGAAAUGGGCGGGGGCUCGAGAAGCCAUCCUCACUCAGAGAGAAAGGAUGCUCAAACCCCUGAGAACCCGUGUGGUCAAACACUCUCAGGCCUCCCUCUCUCAUCUGUUCUGGGUCAAAAGUGUUUGUGUUGUGUUUUUUUUCUUUAUUUCCGUUUUCGCUAUCAUGUAUAUCACAAGUCACUAA